AAAUACAUAUAUUAUAUAUAUAUUUUUAAAUUUAAAGGAAUUAGUGUAAUAACUUAAAGUAGUAUACAAUGGAAAGUAAAGGAGGACAAAGAAGAGCUUUGUUUUCGUUGCAAAACUUAGCUGGUAGUAUAGAUACCAAUAUUCCAUUGCUGGAAGAAAGAUCCAGAAGUAGAUUCUCAUGUACAAAGUCUGCUGAAAGCCUUACUGAGCUGAAGAAUGUUGCCAAUGAAUUUAAAUCAGUAAAGAAUGAAUGUAAAAAGCAGUUAACAAAUCAAAAGAUUGAUGAAUCGGUGAUGGGCCAAAUGUUGGUGUGCAGUCGUGAAUCACUUAAGUUGGCUCAAACUAUCUGUGAUCAAUUAUCCAACAAGUUAUCAAGCAGGGGUUAUGUUCCACCACAAAAUCCAACAACUGAGUUUACCAACUCACAAUCUGACGAGGAUAUUAAAGUUUUACCUUCAAGCAAUGAAUGUAAUGCUGUGGCUGUUGAAAGCAAUGCGGUCACAACGGAUAAUUCAGCACCAGAAGAAAAUAAAAAAAGAACUUGUACUAUGAGUCCACAGCAACCGUUGCUUCUUCGUGGUGACCAGGGGAAAAAUGGAUGGAGAUCUCCUUCUUUACCCAACUUGUGUUUAAACAAUGGAAAUGGAGAUGGUGCACCUGCCAAACCUCAGAUGUUUUUCGACAGUAUAGCUUCACCUGAACAACCAAAGUUAAACGAAGUUUCUGUUGCUAUGACAAAGAAUUUUGCAGAAGAAAAGGAAAAUGAAAACAAGUUUGUCAAACCACAGACAUAUUUCAAUAGCAUUGCAACACCUGAAACUCCAAGACUGAAAGACUUUACCAAAUACCAUCCAGCAGUGAAUACAGCCACUCCUGACCAAGAAAAGUUUGUUUUGUAUUCUCGGAAGAGCCUCGGUAAUUAUGCAGAGCAGUACCAAAGUCCAGACACCCCAGACAUCACCAUAAACCAUAUGAACACCAAGAAAAAUGUUACAAAAAGUUCAGAUGCGGCAUAUGCGGAUUCUCCUGAUAUGCAAGGGCUUGCCAGACUCAACCUACUCCUGCCAGAAACAUCAAAAUUUUUUCAACAUCUUCGUUAUAAUGAAAAACCCGUCAUCGAGUCACCAGUGAUGCCAGAUUUUAGUGUUUCCCAACUUCAAGGCAGAGACUCCAAUUCCAGUUGCAGACGGUCAAGCGACUGGAUUGAUCCUGAACAAUUUGAGGAACUUCCACCAGACACAAAGCGACUAUUCUCACUUGAGCUUGUUAACUCAGCCUUGGAUAGUAUUAGGAUUCAUAUGAAAACAACUGGUGCACAGAGGUUAAGUGCCAAAAACAUAGAAGAGGCAACUGGUCUUGGGGGGAAAACAAAAAGCUGCCUCCUUGUCCUGACUUCACUUAAACUGGUUCAUAAGAUACCUGGAACUCAGCUGUAUGAAGUUGAUAUGUAAAAUAUUUCCAUGUCACCUUGUUAUUGAGUGGUAACCACUCCUGGGGAAAUAGCAUUUAAUGGAAUAUUUGUGUAUUUUUUACUGUAAAUGAUAUGUUGGUAUAAACUUGUAAAUGUUUUAUCAUUUGAUGUGAAUGUAUAUGAAUUUGCAGCGCUGAAGACCGUACAAAGCUAUGAAACAACCUUGGUGACACCAAUAGGAAGUUUCAAACAUG